AUGGCCAUGAUAUCGGAUGCCUGCUAUGCGCUGCACGCGAUCCGGCUGUCGGCUCUGCGCACCACCGAUGACCCACUCACACCACGCAUCAUCACCCUUGACCCAGCCUUUGGCGCCAACCCAUACGUGUCCGCCAUGGGACUGGGUGACAUUGACCGGUGGCCAGAAAUCAAGCGCGCGCUCGACAGCCCACCACCAGACCCACCAGAACGGGAGCCGGGCGACACGGAUGCGAGCGCCGGCGAGGAAGGAGGGAGGAGGAGAGGAGGAGGAGCAACGGGCCUGCGAUACACCCAGACAAUUGUUCCAGGUGGCCGUACUGGUGCGGCAGGGAUGCGUGUGUCUGGAAGGCGUGUGGACGGGAGUGAGAUUCGGAGACUGCGCGCUGGCGCGCAGAGGUCCAACUCGAGCUCGCACGACAACCGACCUCCAGUCCCAUCGCGGUCCAGAGACCGGCCAGCACCGGGGAUGUCUGUCGCCGAGGAUGUGUUCACCGCUGCACCCCCACGGCGCCAGCGUUCGGACUCGGCGCCUGUGAGCGCGCCUAUCACGCCUGUUGUCGAGAGCGCCGACGAGCACGACCUUGGGGGACCUAUCCACGAGACCCCCGAUACCCUCGCGCGCAGCAUGUCUACUACAGACGAUGGUAUCACGGUCGAUACACACGCUGGCCUCCAAGUCGCACCAUCUAUCCUCAUUGGCUCCAUUGCCAUGGCGGGCACUCUGGCGUACAACCCAGGGAGCAGCAUGGGGGUGGCAGCGAGCCAGCUCCCGUCCGACCUGGCCAUGACACAAGCCGACACGGACCCACUAGACGAAGCCCUUGCUGGAGAGGCCGUUGACGAGGGUUCAGAUGUGGGUGAUGACGAGGUCAUGGACGAGGAGGACGACGUUUCCGCCGCGCCACUCAUGGGCGUGGCCCCUGGGCUUGGGAGGCGACCCAGCCUUGGUCCCGACCAUGCCCAUCACCUGCCGAAACGCACCCAUGGAGGCGACGCUGCGCACCGUGUUUCAGUCAUCCACGAGGAAGGCGAACGCCGUUCCUCGACUGAUACGAUGGAAGAGCCCAAGCUCGAGUUUGCCAAACUCGCCGUCGCCUCGACACGGCCACCUGCGUCAUCACUCACGGCCUCGCUCAACCACCAUGUACCGCAUCUUGUAUCCACAGGCGCUGGCGUGGAAGGCGAAGAAGGUGUGGCUGCCACUGGACUCGCCAAUCCCUUUGCCUCGCUAUACGCGUCUGUCGCCGCACCCUCGACUGUGCCUUCCCUCAAGCUCCAGAUCUACUUUCCUCACAGCAACGAGCCAACGGAACCGAUUCUGCUUACGGUACGGAAGGACGCAACUGUCGAGGAGGUCACUGGACACGGUCUUUGGAAGUACUGGGAGGAGGGUCUUGAGCCGCAGUUGGAAGACGAGACCGAGCAGAGCACCGUUGGGUGGGGUUUGCGCAUCGUCGAAGACGAUGGAGAGGUGGACGAGGAUUUCCCAGCCCUCGACCGCGAGAGCCAGAUCGCCAAGUUUUCGUACGGCGAGUUUGCCAUCGUUCAGGCAACUGAUUCGCAAAAAAAGCAGAAUGCAGCCAUGGCGCCUCUCAUCCAGCGCCGUCCUUCACGCAUCAUUCAGCAGAUCCAGCCUCCACAGCUCACGGGUCGACCGGGUGCGCAGGCUGCUGCCGCGGCUGCGGCUGCGAUCGCGGCCAAGCGACCCGGUGCCAUACCAGCCUCACCCGACGACAUCAACAUGCCCCUCGCUACUCCAGACUUGCCUCUCCCUCCGGGCGUGGCCAACAAACAGGUUCUGCUGCGCGUGCACGUGAGCGCAAGUGCCGACGAACACUACACCACGACCAUCAACGUAUCCAACGACACGUACAUUGCAGACAUCACCGAAGUUCUCGUUCAGAAGAAACACCUCGUCAUGCCGCCUUCAGAAUGGGUCCUGUGCCUUGGCGACUUGACCCUCGCCCUUCCACUGGACCGCACCGUCGCGUCUCUGGAGGGCAAAACAGACCUGGCCCUCGUGCGCCGUCAAUGGGCAAUCGAGCAUGGACUGCAACCCCCCGGAAACCAAGGUGGCGACCCCAAUGCGGGGCUGUACAAUAAACGCCAGUCUGAAGCCAGUCCGUAUAACCGGUUUGGUGCUGGUGGCGACUUUGGACAGACGUAUAAAAAAUGGACGGUGCAGCGCAAGACGCCUAUCGGUCGCCACGAGCGCGUGCUCGCCAUUGACGGCGACUACAUUUACAUCAUGCCGUCCGAGAACCGUGGCUUCUUCGACACAAUGAAGGAGACGAGUUUCCACAUUACCUCUGUCAUGAGCUGCAAGCUGUCUGGCCGCGCGGGCGGGUUCAAGAUUUACGUCUUGCGCGAAGGAAACAGGAAGCGAUACGAGUUUGAGGCCGACAAUGGGAAACAGGCCAACGAGAUUAUUGCGAGCGUAAAGCAACUUAUGAAGACGUUCCAGGCUGAACGCAACUCGGUCCUCGCACCGAUGCGCACAAUGUCUCGUUCCGGCGCGCGGCGCAGGUGA